GACGACUGCCCAACCCAAUCCAAAAAAAAAACAAUCAUCUUUCAACAUCUCCUUCUUCCAUUAAAUCUUUCAUCAUGGCAAAGACAAAGGCAAAGCCAAAGAAAUACAAGACCAGAGCCGCAGAACGCCGUGCCGAAUUGCGCAGAAAGGGUCUCCCUAUUCCACCUCCAAGAACCAUCUUCCUACCUCCCAGCCUCAUGGAUUUACUCACCACCAGAGAGAAGCGUGUCUACACCAAGAAAUACAGAUGUAAGUUGAUCAUAUUUCCUUGCCUAGGUGUGCAAGACUUGAUCACAGAAAUCUAACAUAUAUUUACUUAAAUAGGGACCAUGGCAAUGCAACGCUUCAAGGUUGGACGUACAUGGCCAGAAGUUCGCACAGAAUACUCUGACUUCCCAUUAUCUCAUUUGGAUCGCAACUUGUACACCAACUGGGGCUCGAUCAGAGACAAGCUUUCUAGAACUCAAGACGAGCUAGAUGAUAUGGAGGGAAUGCAGAAUGAUCGACGUGCUGCGUAGUUGGUCAAGAGGAACCCGAUUCACAAGUAGCUGCUUUGGACAUGCGACAAUGCGGUAAACGAACCGGUACGAAUUUUAUGAUUGCA